AUGUACGCGCAAAAAUCACCACCAUGCGCGCGUUGUUGUUCUUUCAUCAGAGCGACGAACAUCAAGAACAACCGUAAGAACCACUACCGACGAUUAUCCUCCUCCUCUGUCUCCUCCUCCUCCAGCAAGACGACGAGAAGAGAAGAAGAAAAAUUAGAUAUCACGAUGAUGACGACAAAACGAACACGAAGAGAACAACUUUUGAACGCGACAGCGCUCGGGGUUUUGCUCUCUUUUCAAGGAGGACUUUUAGUAUCACCACCACCAGCGCAGGCGGUGAUGGGAUCUAUCGCCGGGAGAGUGCCAGGUUUUGGGAAAAUAGAGGAAGACGGAUCGAUGACAUAUACCAGACCCGAGGCGAAGUCUGGCGGGCACGGCAUCGGGUGGACAGAAAUCACGCCGUAUUCGGUAAAACUUCGGGAAGGGUGGGAAGAAGUUGCGGUGAGCAUUGCGGAUCCGGGAGGAACGGAAAUUGAUACGAGAUUUAAAAGCGAAAGCGAAGGCGACGUGAAGAUUGUCUUGGCGCCGGUGCUUCGUUUCGCCAACGUCGAGGACGGCGAGAACCCGACGAUUGAAGAGCUGGUGCCGAUUACAAACUUCAUUUUAGGUUUUGCACCGGAAGUGUUGGGACAACCAGUGAACGAAGAACAGAUUAAAUCGAUGGAGAAAGAUACCAGGAAUGGAUUGACGCAUUAUAACUACGAGAUUUCGAACGAAGCGCACUGGUUGAUUUCCGCGACGGUGUGGAAAAAACGAGUGUAUUUAUGUUCCGUGAAAGCGAGUGGCAGACAGUGGCGAACGGCGCAGCCGAAACUGAGAGAUACCAUAGCCUCUUUCACAGUGUUGAAAUAA